AUGAGUGAUACAAGUAUCAUUUCGAAAGUAUCUUCAUAUGAUGUUGAGAAUAGAAGAAACACAAAUCAAAAAUAUUAUUCAUCAUGUUGGAAUCAAUAUUGGUUUCAUAUAACUACUUCAUUGCUUUCAUUGAUUAUUUUAAUCACAUCUAGUCUAUUAGGAUAUGAUUUAUAUAAACAAGUACAACAGGAUCGAAAACGUCGCCGUAUCCAAAAAGAAUUUAAACGUAAACAUGGUCUUGCAAGUAAAGUUUUAGAUAUGGUGAAAAAAGAUAGUGUAAUUGCCAAAUGGCUCAAAGCAAAUAAAGGUCAAACAUUAAAAAUAUUCACAGAAUUAAUGAAUGAUAUGGUGGAAACAAUUUUUGGUGAAUAA